AUGCCGCCCGUACCGCCGCAGCCUCUCCCGCGCGUCAUCACCUACUACCAGACACACCACACUCCCGACGGCAAGCCCAUCUCGGUCCUUCCACUUCUUACCCAACAAGGGAUCAGCGUCACCCAUGUGAUUCUCGCGGCGAUACACAUUAACGAUGAUCCCCACGGCCUCACCCUGAACGACCAUACCCCCGACAACCCGCGAUUCCUUACACUAUGGGCCGAACUACGGGUGUUGCAGGCCAGCGGCGUCAAGGUCCUUGGCAUGCUCGGCGGCGCUGCCAAAGGCUCAUACGAGAGGCUGGACGGAGACGAGGAGAAGUUUGAAAGAUACUAUAUUCCCUUGCGCGACAUGCUUCGGACGCGAGGCCUCGACGGCAUCGAUUUGGACGUCGAAGAAGAGAUGAGUCUGGGCGGCAUCAUACGGCUCAUUGACCGCGUGCGACAGGACUUUGGCAAAGAUUUUGUCAUUUCCAUGGCUCCCGUGGCUGCGGCGCUGCUCAGCUCCGAGAACAACCUGAGCGGCUUUGACUACGAGGCCCUGGAAGUGAUGCGAGGGAAGGAGAUUGCCUGGUACAACGCUCAGUUUUACUGUGGAUGGGGCGACGUCAGUAAUCCAGUCAUGUACGAGAUGAUACUGGCGAGGGGCUGGCCGCCAGAGAAGGUCGUCAUGGGCCUGGUCACGAAUCCUGAAAACGGCAGCGGAUGGGUCUCGUGGGAGAUGCUCGGUGCUGUGCUUCUUACGCUCCGAAAUCGUUAUGCGCGGUUCGGGGGAGUCAUGGGAUGGGAAUAUUUCAACAGCUUGCCAUCAGGCCGGGAGAAGCCCUGGGAAUGGGCAAAGUGGAUGACGACGAUGUUGCGUGCAGACCAUACACAUCACUCGCCGGGUCCAGUACAAGGCACAGCCCCUGUGGAUUCCACGCAGCCAGUCGCCCAGGGAGUCAAGAAGCACCUCGUGGACGAAGCUGAUCCGGACGGCCCUAACAGCAAAGACGCGCCGCUACCUACGGCCUUCGAUUACUACUCGGAUGGCAACGUCGAGGACGAUUGA